AGUUUGCACGAUGAAUCUCAGUUUGUUACUCUUCAUUUUAUUUUGCUGUAGUGCAGCAAGUACUUUCGAUAAUGCAACUGUCGUUGAAAAAACGACAAAAAUUCAAUGUGGUGGUGAAUUCACAGAAAAGCUUUCGAUCCUGCAAUCGCCACUAAAUUCCGAGGAAUCUUCAGCAAGCCUCGAUUGUCUCUAUCUUCUGAAAGCUCCAGAAGUGUGCCCACUUUACUACAAGUUCGAAUUCAUCAAAUUCAAUCUGCAAGAUUCGGUAGGCUGUGUCAAUGAGAGGCUGGAAAUAGAUGAUCAAGAUGCCCUUUGCGGAGUUAAAAUCCGGAACAGGAAAUAUUUUGCGAAAAACGGAUCGCUGCAGUUGAGAUUCAAGUCUGACGGUGCUUUUGAUCAGCCUGAAAGGGGUUUCAAAAUUUUGGUGACGCGCUCAGAUUGCGAAGCUGAACAACUAACCACUACAGAAACUAUCACGACCACCCAAUAUGAGACUGAAUCUCCUCCACUCUCCUUCGUUCCAUUCAACAUACCUACUUUCGUUGAAGACCCACCACGGUGUUGUCAAAACACCUUCAAUUCCAAAAUGUUUUUGCUGACAAGCCCAAACUUCCCGUACAGCCUGAACAAGAACACUGAAUGCACCUACGUUAUCCAUAAAGCUGACCAAGGCAUCUGCAGGGUCAGAUUGAAUUUCCAAUUCUUCUGGAUGGGAUCAGCUAUCCGAAACAACUGUCCCUAUGGCUAUUUGAAGGUUGAUGGAAAAUAUAUAUGCGGCUGCAACCGAGAAUUGAGACUUAUUACAACAUUUGAUAACAGCAAUUUGAAAGUAAUUACGUUCAAGAGCCAAGGGAUCAACUUCACUUCUCAAUCUGGGUUCGUAGUUGAAGUCAUACAAGAUGAAUGCCCUAGGAAAUAUUACCCGGCUGACACUCUCGGGAAUAGAUUAUGGAAUUCAUCUAGGAAACUGAAGUUUUCAAAUGACCUGUCCAAUGGAUUUGAUUGGCUGAGGAAUGCUCAAGAAGCUUCCGUACAAAAACUUCAGCUCGUGAAUGAAAGAUCUGAGAUAUCGGAUGAUGAUGGGAACUUCUACUAUAGAGAUAAGCCGAAAGUAGUCAAAACUGUCUAUUUCUUCGCUGAACCAGAUUAUAAUGCUCUUCCAGCAGUACCACAGGAUAUUGAAAGGACAACAUAUGUGGACACUGAGAGCAUUAACUCGAUUGUUACAAGCCUCGAUCAAUAUCAAUGUGAGAGUUGGAAUCAGAACCAGCUGAGUAUUUUGUUUGAGAGAUAUGGUAGGAAUUUACAGACUUGCAGGCAGACGCAGGUUUAUGAAGACAAAAGCAGUAAUGGAAGGAGUGAUUGUGUAGAACUGGAUUACCUCGAAGGAUAUUUCAGGAGUCCAGGAUACCCAUAUUAUUAUCCACAAAACUUGAAUAUGUGUUAUAGAUUCAGAAAGCAACCAGGAUAUUGUGCAAUACGGAUAUUGAUGGUGGAUUUUCAGUUGGAAAAUAGCCGCAGCUGCAAUAAAGAUUUUGUUUCCUUAGAUAACUACUACAGACACUGUGGUAGCAAUUUGAAUAGACAAACACUGACCAUCGAUUUGAACAACAAACCUCACCAAGACAUGACUUUCGUCACUGACACGGCAAUCAGCUGCCGCGGAUUUUCCGGGGUAUAUCGACAAAUUGCCUGUCAGUCAGAUUUCCCGCCUAAUCCUGACAGAUGUCCUACGACUUCAGCCCCCCCGCUGCCCUCCUGUGACCGGAUCAUCCCGGAAAAGAACUUCCGGAUUGAAGUUUCAGGGGAUAAUCAGAGGUGUUCUUUCCGGAUUCAGAAGUAUUCGGAGGAAGUCUGUAAAAUAAACGUGUACCUUGAAAUCUUCGAUCUCAUGUGUGCUGUUGAAUCAUUAGCUGUGGAUGGAAUGAUGUUCUGUGGACAUAUUUCUGGAAGGAAAGUUACACUCAAUUUUAGAUAUGAUGAGAAAGUCAAGGAAAUAAGUUACAGAAGCUCCUUGGAACGGAGAUAUGGGAACUUGAAAUUCAGACUAACAGGGGAACAGGUCACUGAUGACUGUUCUGAACCGGAAGUACCCGUUCAACGAUUAGUCCAACUACCUCAGGAUACUGCAGUUCAACCAAGAACAUUUAAGGACAUCGAUUUUGAAGUAGAUCCAAAUUAUUUUAUAAGAAAGCAAGACAACCAGCUGAAAGAUGUGCCAUACCAAAUAUAGACACUUAUUUUAAUAGCCUCAAAUACGAGAAGACCAUGAAACAAGUCAACCAGGUUGAAAUUCAGCGAUAUAGUAAUUAAAUAACCAGAUGUAUAUAACUUGAAGAUCCCUCAUAUUAUUACAUAAAUUUUCAUAAUGC